UUUUAAUCAGUGAAAGACAGUUGUUACGCGCUAAUCAGAGAUGGCUGAUCAGUUCGCAUAUGCUAACAUGCAACAGGCUAGUCAAGCUGGCUACCCUCCCUUCCACUAUCCAACAGCAAGUGAUCAAAACGCUCAGUUGCUUCAAGGUUAUGCGCUUUCUCAACAAGGAAAUCCAGCUGCUGGAGUUCCAGGCUCUAUGUUUGGGGCUCAGUCAGCGGCUUCAUAUAAUUUUGACCAAACAGCUUCUGCUUACAACCAAACCUCUUCGAUUCCCGUAUGUCAGGUAGACGGUUCACAAGUCCCUAUGCAACCCGCUGCCGGAGGCUUUGCUUACCCUAAUUUCUCUGGUUCAUUCAAUCAGUAUCCUGGAAUGGGGCAAGGUAUGCCCCCUGGAUUGUCAGCUGUCCAAGCGGGCUUCAGUACCGAUAUGCAACAGUUUGGGCCACUCAUGGCUAAUGCUUUUGGGCAAACGAUGUCUGCUAAUGGAGCGAUUUUAGAGGCCAUAGCUCACGAACAAGGACUUGCAGGUUUUAAUCCAGUCGCUUUCCUCCAAGACCCAACUGGCACGAACACUCGCGGUGGAUUGGGCUCUGGAAGAGGCAGCAGCCAAAGAGGUGGAUAUAACAAGUUUGGCGGUUCUCGAUCGGGUUCCAACUUGCCCAGUGUCACUAAUCCUGAUGGACUCCGGGAGGAUACAAUUUUUGUCAGUAAUCUGCCUCAAAAUAUUGAUCACGAUGUGAUGAAGUCUCAAUUUGGUGUCGUCGGGAAAAUCAAGAUCAAUUCCAAAAGCGGUAUGCCCAUGAUAUGGAUAUUUAAAGAAAAAGGUAUACCUAAAGGCGAAGCGCUUGUAACUUAUGAAGAUCCAAGUUGUGUCCAAUCGGCUAUUCAGUGGUUUAAAGAGCAUGAAUUUUUGGGAAGAAAGAUUGAAGUCAAACAAGCUAUUAACAGUCAAAGACCAGUUAUUAUCCCUCCUGGGGGAGGUGGUUUGCUGGGAGGAAAUGGAAAUGGACCAAACAAUCCUGCUGCUGCUCUGGCAGUUGCAGCUGUGGCUGCGGCUGCCAGUGGGAACACUGUUGCCAGUUUGAUGAAUAACAGUGCGGCUGCUGCCGCCAGCCUUGCUACUCUUACAGCGAACAACCCUCAGCUGGCUGCCCACUUUGAUUCCAAGGAGUAUCCAGGUAUGGGUCGCGGAGCAAGCACAGCCUCUCGAGGUGCCCGUGGAGCAAUUACCAAUGGUUCUUCUGUACGACCUAGCGUCGGUUCGGCUCAAGCAGGUUCAAGGGAAGGCGACUGGAGCUGUCCACAGUGUGGUAAUAUCAACUUUUCAUGGCGAGAACAAUGUAAUAGGUGCCAGUCAACUCGUUCAGGCGAUGGAUCUAGUAAUCCUGAUACGAAUUCUAGAAAUAACUUGAAUGCAACUAGUCGAAGUGCUCAACCACCUGCUGCAGUUAUGAAUUCCAGUUCUCAACAGAGCAAUCCUGGAUUUGGACGAGGCGGGGCAAUGAAUCCUACUUCAAGCGCCAAUCGAGGAGGUCGAGGUGGUGGUCCCAUGCGUGGAAGUAGUGUUGGAACAGGUCGGGCACGUCCAGCGCCUUAUUAAGCCAUCUAAGUUUGCCAUUGUAGGAAAUUUCUUGAAAUAUGCUUUCAUGAUGCAUUUCAGGUCUCUGCAAUUAGUGUCUUUGUUGUCUCACUAACUGGAUGGUUUGUGAAAUAUUGUAUUUGAACUAUGUAAUUAUGGUCAUAUAACCCAAUAAUUGUUAUAUGCUCU